CUAUUCUCCUAGGUUUUGAAAAAAAAAAUUGAUUGACAAUAUUGCAAUGUAUAUGCAUGAGACAUAUCUUCACAUACGACUAGUAGACUUGAACACUGUUCUCGGCUUUAGUAAUAUUUUGAUAAACAUAUCUGUUUCUCAACAUUUCAAUUAUUAAAAGUUUAUCAUGACUAAUAUGAUGAAUAGUUAACUGUAGGAUUACACGCCAUUACAAUUAUUAAAGCUCAAAUGUAUGACAUGAUUCCUUCACGAGUCUUCUACCGUCUAUAUGUUUAUCUCUUAUUGGAAAAGACCUAAAAGCACAUGAAAACUAUAUAAUAUAUUACCAAGAAAAGGAUUGUCUGCAAUUACAUUUUUUGAGUUUAUAUUCCUUUUUUUGUUUGCAUGGCUCCACGAGAUUUGGAAAGGAAGACAAAAAUCACCGCCUCAAAUUAUAUUACAAAAAGAGUAAGAAGACGAUGUUAUUUGAUAUAGUAAAGAAUAUAAAGCUGUGCUGCUGCUGAUCACCCAAGAGUCACAUGUGUAUCUCUCUGUUUUCUUGGGACCAAGGGGCAGAUUGUGUUCAGAUCUUGAUCGAGUAAAGAUUCUCUUUAUAGCUUUGAAGCUUCUACAAGGUUAAAAAUGUCGGCUUAUGCGCAUCAGAUGGAGAGAGAACUCUCAGGUCUCACCAGCCGAGGCAAUUCUGAGAUGGGAAGUCGGUUUUCGAUAGAUUCAGGAUGUUACAUGACAUCUUUGGCAGCUACCAUCUUCAUUGCUUCUCUUGUGACAUUCGGAGUGUUGAUGGUUACACUUCUUAUAGCUAUAUCAACCAUGUUACAAAGCUGCGAAAACAAAAACUCUGGAAUCAUCCAGGUUCAAAGACUUGUUGUUGAUGAUGAGAGUUUGAGUUACUGCAAAAUAUUGUCUCUACACUCUAACCUCAACAGCUUAGAUGUAGAAGAAGAAGACGGUAUUUUUGCGCUACCAUUGUUAUGCAGAGAUGUUGCUUUACAAAGAAUCAAACAAGGAGUAUACUUGAGAGAGUUGAACUUCACUAUCCAAAUGGUUCUCACUUACUUCAACACCAUCAAACCGGGGAAGGAUCACAGGGAUGUUGUUGUGGUCGAUGUUGAUGACAUCAAUCUGAUAGAGCAAGAGAGUUACAUUGAAGAAGCAAAGCGCCAGAGAAGCAAACUAACACUUGAACUAUACUCUAAGCUAAGAUCACAAGGCUAUUCAAUGGUUCUGUUAUCAAGAAGACCACAAGAAGAGAGAAACUCCACUGCUGAGCAGUUAAAAUCUAGAGGAUACAGAGACUGGUUCGGUUUGAUUAUGAGAGGAGAUACAAUACAGAAGGAGGAAUUAGAAAGAUACUACCGCAUAAUUGGAGUCAUUGGUAAUCACAUGGAUGUGUUAACAGGACAGUGGAACUGGCAAAGCAAGCGUCUGUUCAAGCUUCCAAGUCUUACCUAUAAUGAUAUCUUUGGAUUACAUUAAAAAAAUGAUAAGAUCAUGGAGGUUUUUGAGUCUACUUUUCAAACUUCAUAUGUGCAUAGAUUUUCAAGAGUUUCUCUUAUAUAGUUCAUGGUACAUG